GCGGGGAAUUUCUCACCAAAACUAAAUGACACUUGUCUUAGAUUAAAUUCCAAACUGACCGUUUGUGAUACAAUGUCCCGAUUUUUUACCACUAAAACUAUAAUAGGAUGGACAUUGUUUGUUGUACAUUUAAUAUCGAUUUCUAGCGGCUUUACCCCUGAUAAUUCUUCCUGCGAUGUAUCGGAGUUGGAGCCCGGACGACUUUUAAGGUGUACGGACAGGAAUAACCUUCCCGUCACUGUUGCUUAUGAUGUCCCAACCGGGUCAUCCUGUGACAUCAUCUGUCCAUAUAAGGAAGUUAAAGCUUGGGUCACUUGUGACGAUGGAAGAUGGAAUGACUACUAUCUACAAUAUUGCAAAGAAGCACCAUCGCACAAUGAGCGGCGUUUGCGACCAAAAAGGUGGUUUCGGUUUCGAAGAAUUUUCCGAGCUAUUGGUCGAUUCUUUAAAUGCCUGUUUGGCAGUUGUUCAAGGCGUGACAACACCCCGCCUAGUUUGACAUGCCCACCAAACAUUAAAAAAACUGCAGUAAAGCUACAGACAUGGCAGAUUGUUUCGUGAGCUGAACCAACAGCCAACGACGGUCGGGAUGGAGGAAUCACACCGACAAGGCAAGGGAGAGCACCUGGUAGCUAUUUCAGUUCGGGAGUGACUACUAUUGGCUACUAUGCUCGAGAUAAAAGCGGGAACAUGGCGCGAUGCUCAUUUACCGUGACAGUAAAUGUCGUACGGUGUACAUGGCCAUCUCGUGUGGAAAACGGUUACUUCAUGUGUCACCCCAGUGAUGACGCAAGAUAUGGAGCCACAUGCCGCUUUGGUUGUUACCCUGGAUACAAACUGAUCGGCAACACGCUGCUAGAGUGUCUUAUAAACGGGCAGUGGAACAACAAUCCGCCAAAUUGCGAAAAGAAAACGUGUCCAACACUUUUACCAGCAGUUGGAAACUUAAAGUAUACUUGCACCGAUAGUAACAAAUUCCGUAGUAUUUGCACCUAUUAUUGUGCCACCGGAUAUGACAUCACUCCUGGUAUGUCACGUGUUCGGGUUUGUACGGCAUUUGGUACUUGGAGGGGAUCUGAACCAAGUUGUACAGAUAUCGAGCCACCAAGGAUGAAAGGUUGUCAGCAUACAGUAUAUGCAUUUGCGGACCGAAACUCAUCCACAGGAGUAGCUAUGUGGUCCGAACCGAUUGCUGAGGACAAUCAUGACAACAGUGUUGUUGUUCGUAAGGAGGGAUCUGUUUCCCCUGGUGAUAGGCUGUCGGCGGGAAACUAUAAGGUGGUAUACAAAGCGACGGAUGCUGCCGGAAACAAAGCUCAGAGCUGUAUAACUGAGGUUGUGGUGAAAAUUUUGACCUGCCCGACGGUAUACCCGACGCCAUUUCUAAGUGUCGUCUGUCCGUGGGGGACGAAGUAUGGGAGUCAAUGCGAAUUCUAUUGUGAUGCUGGCUCAGUGCGCAAUGGUUCGAAAGUCGUUGUCUGUGAAAAAAGCGGAAGUGGUAAUUACGGCUUCUGGACAUUUGGCGAGAGACAACCGCACUGCGAAGUUAUGGAAAAAUGCAUCGAAACCCCUAACACCCCGCAUAAUGGCGCCCUUGCCUGUGACUACUGGCUUGGGGGAAAGUUUUGUCAGAUGCUUUGUAAACAAGGUUAUGAUGUCGAAAUUGGUAAGAAUACCGUCGAUAUUCUUGUGUGUGGUGAAAGCGGAAAGUGGUUGCCAACAGGGUCACUUCCUCUUCCGGAUUGCGCGAGGAGUUUUAGAGCGGAUAGAGGACAGCUCCGUAUGUCUGCUACCUAUUACUUUACUGGCGAUUGCACAGACUCGGCAGUCCAAGAAGAAAUAAAAGAAAAAUUCAUUAUUACUUUAUCCACAUCAGCAUACAGGGACGCUUGUUUAGUGCAUGCUAAAGAAUGCAAAGCUGAAAAUGUACAGGUGAAGUGUGGUCAUCUUGCUCGCAGAAAGAGAUCUGGAGACUUGCGCAUUGACUUUGACAUAUCAGCAGAAUUCGACAACGCAUCAUUUGCGGAAUCGUUUGCAAGGUUUCGUCGACAUCAGUCUGAUAUUGUUGACAAAAUAAUUGAAGAGAAAUCAUCCGGUAUCCUUGAUUUCAACAUCAGUACCUACGGCGUGAUGGAAAUGAAAGACAUAGAAAACUUCGAUGUUGUACUGCAAUGCCCGGAAAGAACAGUACCUUCUUACAAAACUACAUCGUGUGUUGAAUGUGCUGCUGGUACGUUUUUCAACACAACAACAGACACGUGCGAAAUGUGUCCACGUGGAUCUUACCAAACGAUCUCGGGACAAAUCAGCUGCUUGUCUUGUCCAUUUGGUCAAACUACAAAAUCAAAGGGAGCACAGAACAUAUCGCAGUGCAUAGAUGGAUGCCAGCCUGGGUCUUGGUCGCCAAACGGGACACCGGAGUGUUCACUUUGUGCGGUGGGGAGCUACAGUGAUGUUUACGGAGCAGCUGAGUGUAAAUCGUGCCCUGGGUCCAAGUCUACGGUAGAGGAGGGGGCGACUAAUUUCUCACAAUGUCAGGAUUUUGAUUUGCGUUUGACGGAGUCUGGUAGUCAAGCGUCCGUUGAUAUAGAUGCCCCAGAUUCAACACUUGUCAGCAUUGCGUUUUGGUUUAAGAGAGACAUAACGUCCACUGACAAUGUUACUGUUCAACUUCACGAUAGAGACACAGGACAUAUGACUUUCUUCAUAGAAAUUGGCUCUGAAUCUGAAGCUAAAAUAGGCAACCCAAGGGAGGCGAAAACUGCAUCACAUAUUAUGGAGCGGGAAAAGUGGAGUUUUUACAUCUUAAAGCAGAAUAUGAACUACACUGAACUUUACACAGACGGAACGCUAACGUUACGAGCAGGCAUGACUUUUGUAAUUCCAAGGAGGAUGAAAAUUUCCUUAACAGGAAAAGGAACAGUGUCCAGAUUUAAUAUAUGGACGAAUCAGUCAGCUUCAUAUUCCAUGAUAGCAGACAUUGCCGCUCGAUGUAGCUCCGAUGAUACAGGGGACUUGCUAAGUUGGAAAGCCUUUGAAUCAACUACCGGUGACAACGUUUUCAAGCAAUCACCCAGUGAAUGUGAUGAUGUUGAUGACUGCUUAUCAAGCCCAUGUCAAAACGGUGUAUGUACGGAUCUCAUUGGGGGGUACGAAUGCCAGUGUGAUUUUGGCUUCACUGGCGACAACUGUGAGGAGAACAUAGAUGACUGCGUGGAUCACGCAUGCGAGAACAACGCUACCUGUGUAGAUGGCGCUGCAAACUACACAUGUGAUUGUCUGUACGGUUAUAAAGGGGAUUUGUGUGAGAUUGCUAUGGUUGACGGUUCUUGGGGUGAGUGGGGUGAGUGGUCCUCCUGCUCUGUGACCUGUGGAAAUGGAACACAGCAGAGAUGGAGAGUCUGUAACGACCCAGCUCCUGAUAAUGGCGGCCUGGAAUGUCCGGAUAACAGUACCGACAGCAGACCUUGUAUCCAAGACAGUUGUCCUGAAUGUAGUCAGUUAGAGCAGCUUGCACAUGUUAACUGGACGUGCAACAACGACACAGAGAACAUGAAUUGUACCAUUGAAUGCGCUGAUGGAUACGACUUUGAUCACGAGAUCAAGCCAUACUAUAUGUGUGGCAAAAACACGUUUUAUCUAUGGGAUUUUCAGACUGAUGAUAAUCCGGAUGGGAAAAUGCCUGCUUGUUUAGAAAUUAAGGACGGAAAAAAGCUUCAAGUGUCGUAUACAGCAUCCUACAAGGACUUAGAAUGCGAUACAACAGAUAAAUACACGGAUGUACGCAAAAGCGUCCCAGAAACCGUUCAGCUGGGACUCAACAACAUUGAAUGCGUCUCUACUGGCGUCUGUUUUCCGGAGAGAGUUACCGUUACUGACUGUAGUAAGCGUCAAAAGCGUUCAACCACAGUCACUACAGCAGGGAUAGAUGUGUCAUUAUCAUGUGAUCCUGCGAGCCACGGAACUGAAACCUGCUAUACCUUGUUGUACGCCGCAGUCAAUGAAUUACAAGUAAUGGCGAUGAACCGAACUCUCGAUGUUGACAUCCAGAAUAUCAUCUACGUCAUUGAUGCACCAAAUGCGCAGGCGGACAGUUCUGUUUCUUGUCCAACCGGAAUGGUUCCAACUCAGUUUUACUGCAUUCCCUGUGCGCCUGGUCGUUACUAUAGAAACGAUCAAUGCCUUAAGUGUGACUUCGGAACGUAUCAGGACUUAUCGGGACAACUCUCAUGUGUAGAGUGCCCGGAUGGUACAACGACCCCAGGAAGAGAGUCCCGAAGUGCUACUGAGUGCUCCAUUAAAUAUGACACAGAGACGGAUUCGUCCAUUACAGUUAUUGUGGCAGUAGUGACAUCAGUUAUACUGAUGGUAAUCGUGACUGCAUCCCUUUUAACUUUCAGACGGUUUCUGUCUCGGGGUAACAAUAAGGAUGCAAAGUUUUCUUCAAUGGUGUUCCACAUCAAACCGAAACAGCAAGAAUUUGUGUCAAAGCCAGCAUUUGACAACUUGCAAUUAUCACAAAAAUGGAAAACACGGGACAGCAACCUGCCUGGGGAUAUAGAUAACAGGGGAUUUGUAGAGGACAUAGACACUACUUAUUUACAAUAAAUGGAACGGUUACCUCAUUUACAUGUACUAGUAUCCGUGUGCAAGUACAAUCAUUCUUGUUGGCUUAUUUCCAAUGGGAUUCUAAUCUACCAAUUAUGAAGCAAUCAAUGACAUGUCUUAAUAUGAUUCGUCAAAGACGGCAGCUACCGAACACUCACUGUCUUUGUAAUUGUUAAGGUUCCAUGAGCUAACUUAGUUACAUCUUUUAUGUGUUGUGAAUGAUAAAAAGAAAAGAUUGAUCGUGUUUAAAUGUUUGAAAUGUCAAAGGAAAAUGUGUUUUUAUACUACAUGUUUAUAGAAUAACAUUUUUUGAUUAAAAAUAAAAUGCUUUUAUCAUUAUAAA